CCGCUUCUUCCCCGCUGGCCUCCCGCUACUUGUUAUUUUGUGCAACAAGAUGGCUGUCGUUCCUGAUAGCGGAGUCCUCACUUUCAGCAUUUUUAAAUGGAGCUCUUACUCCUCUACAUAUUUACCCGAGAAUAUCUUGGUGGACAAACCCAAUGAUCAAUCUUCCAGGUGGUCUUCUGAAAGCAACUACCCCCCACAGUUUCUAAUCUUGAAAUUGGAAAGGCCGGCAAUUGUUCAGAGCAUCACCUUUGGAAAGUAUGAGAAGACUCACGUAUGCAACCUCAAGAAGUUUAAAGUGUUUGGUGGGAUGAGUGAAGAAAACAUGACAGAGCUUUUGUCCAGUGGCCUUAAGAAUGACUACAACAAGGAAACGUUUACCUUAAAGCACAAGAUUGAUGAGCAGAUGUUUCCCUGCAGAUUUGUCAAAAUAGUGCCUCUGAUGUCUUGGGGUCCUAGUUUUAAUUUCAGCAUCUGGUAUAUUGAGCUGCACGGUAUCGAAGAUCCCGAUGUGGUGCAGCCCUGCCUCAACUGGUACAGCAAGUACAGAGAACAGGAAGCCAUCCGCCUUUGCCUCAAGCACUUCCGACAACAUAACUACACAGAGGCCUUUGAGUCGUUGCAAAAGAAGACCCGGAUAGCGCUGGAGCACCCGAUGCUCACCCACCUGCACGACCAGCUGGUGCUGCAAGGAGACUUCGACGUAUGCGAGGAGCUCAUAGACAAAGCUGUGAGAGACGGUUUAUUUAACCAGUAUAUCAGCCAGCAGGAGUAUAAGCCCCGGUGGAGUCAGAUCAUCCCUAAAUGCAACAAAGGCACAAGCGCCCAAGAAGUCAACCGAGACGACAUAAACAGUGACGGGGACGACAACAGGCCUGGAAUGAGGGGAGGUCAUCAAAUGGUGAUUGACGUCCAGACCGAAACCGUUUACCUGUUUGGGGGCUGGGACGGCACGCAGGACCUGGCUGACUUCUGGGCUUACAGUGUUCAGGAGAACCAGUGGUCCUGCAUCUCCAGAGACACAGAGAAAGAGAGCGGUCCCAGUGCCCGCUCCUGCCACAAGAUGUGCAUUGACUCUCAGCGGCGUCAGAUCUACACUCUGGGCCGGUACCUGGACUCCAGCGUCAGGAACAGCAAGUCCCUGAAGAGCGACUUCUACCGCUACGACAUCGACGCCAACACCUGGACGCUACUCAGCGAGGACACAUCCGCUGACGGGGGACCAAAGCUGGUGUUUGACCACCAGAUGUGCAUGGACUCGGAGAAGCACAUGAUCUACACGUUUGGGGGUCGCAUCCUGACGUGUAACGGCAGCGUGGAGGACAGUCGGACAUCAGAGCCUCAGUUCAGCGGCCUGUACGCCUACCACUGUCACGCUGGAACGUGGAGCCUCCUACGGGAAGACUCGUGCAAUGCCGGGCCAGAGGACGUCCAGUCCCGGAUUGGCCACUGCAUGCUCUUCCACACCAGAAACCGCUGCUUGUAUGUGUUUGGAGGUCAGAGGUCAAAGACAUACCUCAAUGAUUUUUUCAGCUACGAUGUGGACGGAGACCACGUAGAGAUCAUAUCUGAUGGCACCAAAAAGGACUCGGGCAUGGUGCCGAUGACGGGCUUCACUCAGAGAGCCACCAUCGACCCUGAGCUCAACGAGAUCCACGUGCUGUCGGGCCUCAGCAAAGACAAGGACAAGCGCGAGGAGAACGUCCGAAACUCCUUCUGGAUCUACGACAUCGCCCGCAACAACUGGUCGUGCGUGUACAAGAACGACCAAACAGUGAAAGAAAACCCAGGCAAGGCUCUGCAGGAGGAGGAGCCGUGUCCUCGCUUUGCACACCAGCUGGUUUACGAUGAGAUGCACAAGGUGCAUUACUUGUUUGGGGGAAACCCGGGGAAGUCAUGUUCUCCCAAGAUGCGCCUGGACGACUUCUGGUCCCUUAAACUGUGUCGGCCCUCCAAGGAGUACCUGCUGCGCCACUGCAAAUACCUCAUCAGGAAAUACAGGUUCGAAGAGAAGGCCCAGUCAGAGCCACUGAGCGCACUCAAAUACCUGCAGAACGACCUGUCACUGACGGUGGACCACGCUGACCCCGAAGAGACCAAAGAGUUCCAGCUGCUGCCCUCUGCUCUCUUCAAGUCCAGCUCUGACUUCAUCCCUCUGGGGUUCUCCGACGUGGACCAGACGUACGCUCAGCGGACGCAGCUCUUUGACACACUUGUCAACUUCUUCCCAGACAGCAUGACUCCACCCAAAGGAAACCUGGUUGACCUCAUCACGCUUUAGCCCCUCACCUUUGUCUGACCCCCCCACCCAUCCAUUGGCGCCCGGUAGGGAUGGAGCAGACAGUUAGAGAGUUAUUUUUCUACUCCUCAACUCAUCUGAUUACGCUGACAUCUGGAACUCCAUCAACAGACUUUCUGCUGCUGCGUCGGACACAACUAAUCACACACACACAGACGCGUUCACAGCAUGGUGGUAUUGGGAUGUGAGGGGGAACUCUUUUCCCUUUUCCCAAGGAAUCUAUUUGUUUUCUUGCUGAUGAUGGAAGUUUCUGCAAACCUCUUUAAACAUGACUUGUGUUUUUUUUCAUCUUCACUUGGAUUUAUUUUUCUGUGGAAAAAUGACAUGCACACAUUUGUUUCCGACCUCCUUUUUUUCGGCUUUAGAUUUGUGUUUGUAUCCAUGCAAUGCCCCCCCACACCCCCCCACAGGCCUCCCUCCCUCCACGUGUAAAACAUGUGACAUUGUUCUGGCAAAUUGUUGCGAAAGUUCAGUUUAAAAAUGGUGCUGUUCUUUUGUUAAUAUUUAAUUAUCGCCUGCUAAAUCCUAAUGUACACUUUCAUUUUGGUUGGAUUGCUUCUUUGCAACUUGUUCAGCUGUAUUCAUGAUGGUGGAGGCCAAAACAAUUGAAUAGUGUUGUAGUAACAAUAGAGGAACUAUUCUAUGAGAUGAAGCUUAAUAUAUAUCUAAAUAUACCUUUAUAUAUUGGUUUGGGUUGUAAAAGUGGCUUUUUCCCCCCAAUAGUUAAUCAACUUAAUUCUAAAUGGUGUACAGAAUAUGUAAAUAUACAUACAGGGAUUGUUUUUGUUAUUGAAGUUUUUGUUUUCGCGGGGGGGUUGAACCAAUUCCGUGGUGGGUCAUGUUCUUCCUUUUUUGCUCUUAAUUUAAGAGUCCAACCUUCUGGCUUUAAUUGCUCAUUAUAUUUAUAAGAGAGAGUGAAUGGAGUGCUGGUACCAGUAUUCCACAUGACGGUUAGAGAGGCGGCUGCUUGUGUGUUAGUGUCUUGACACAAUGUUCCUUCAGUGUGAUGAAAUAAUGAUGAUUAGUGAGGUUUUCCUUCUUCAAGGGGUGAGUGGGCCUCAGAUCUUCCAGCCGCGUUACAAGGAUAGUUUUGAUGUUUUGAAGUGUGCUUAUAGUACGAUUCCUACAGUAGAUUGAUUUGGCGAAACAAACAUCCGUUAUAUCAAUACUCUUUUCAAGCCAUUGACAGACACGUUUUCAUUAUCGUCAAAGGAGUCUUCAGUAAUCCAACCGCUUCAGUAAUCCACUAUGGAGAAGCACCUUAUACAAACCCCCUUUUAAACACCCGCACUGUCCCUUUAAGCAGAGACAUUCCAACGCGAUCAUUGUUCACACAUUGUGUCAGAUGUCGGUUGUAGCAUCACUGACAAAGAAAAAGUCCAAACGAAAAAGAAAAAAGGUGUGCUUUCCCGUUUGUAACAGCUUUUAUUAUUUAUGGAAGAGCGGGUGGAAAGAGGGGGGAUGUUUUGAGUUUCCAAGCUGAAGUCUGUUACUGCUGGAGGUGGGGUGUGUUUUGUUAAAAGAAAAUUUACAAAUCCAUUGAGCACUACAGGUAAGAUAAAAUAUUUAGAUUUUGGGCUCAACUGUCUCUUUAACUGUGGUUCUUUGCUGUUCGCUGCUUUUGCUUUCAGUUUAUUUUGGUGCUGCCAGCCUCUAAUUAGCCAAUCCCAAGUCUUUUUUUUUAUUUUUAUAAAUGACUUAAAAGUAGAAAAGUGGACUAAAACCAUGGAAGGCAGAGGAAGCUGUCGAGGCUUUAGCGCCAAAAUGACUGCUGACCAUUUUCCAAAGAUAGCUGGGAUUGACACCACUCAGGUCUGCACACUGAAUGUGAGGCCACCGCUAGCUGUGCUACACCAACGUGUUCAUGAUGUGGAUAUUGUUACAUCUGGACCAACCCAGGCUAGCUAUUUCCGCUCUCGAUGCUAAGCUAAGCUAGCUCUGUUUGGUGUUGAUCUUCCAGCCUGGUCCUCAGCAAGAACGCACAUUUUUCAACACUACCCGAACUACUACUUUAUAAUUACUGUUAGCAAAAAGAGAACCUGUGUGUGUUCCACGAGCUUGGAAUGGAAUGUGUUGAUGAUCUUGUGUUGGAUGCACUUCAUGAGUGAAUCCAAGAGGCCUCAUCUGCACGCUUGAUGUGUCCUGCUUUUGAAUACAGGAGGCGUUUAUUUACACCGUGCGUCGGUUUCCUGUGGUUUUUGGUUGCUCUGCAGAUGCACUCUCGGCAUUUCUCGAUCCCGCCGGAGUGUUUUCCCACCGGACUUGAGAAGUUAUUUUCUGACAUUAAAGUCAUCAGUGGAGGAAAGUAGAACCGAGGUAGAGGAGCUGCUUGAGUAUCACUUUACGUCACGGAAGAGAAGGAAAGUCUAAACAACAAUCCCUGUUUUUGAUGAAAUAUUAUUUGAUUUUUUUUUUUCGAAAAAUCACCAUGCUUGCCGAAGUCUUUGUUUCUCAUUUUGUGCCAGAAGGAAACAGUGUUUAAAAAGACUAAUUGAAAGCACCUUUUGUUAAAAAAAAAAAGUAAAAACACAAUGCCAAAUACUACUUUUGUUUUUUGCUAUUUUACUGAUGUGUGAUCGAUGGAUUGUUAUUUUGAUUAUUUCUUUUCUUGUUUUGUUUCCAUCUUGCCCUUCUGUUGACUCGUGCGUGGGAAGUUUUAAGGCCGGUACUCUCAGAUCAGUGAGCGGUAUUGUGGAUGCAGAGAAUGUGUAGAAAGGCCUGUAGUAUUGUAUGUAAUGUAUAUAAGGAAUAAAGAUUGUAUUUUGUUCAGGUUUUCCUAA